CUACACUCACAUCCCAUCAAAAUAGCUUCAUCGACUGUUCCUAGACGCCUCGCGCGCUUGUUCUCCACCAUGUCGUCCACAGUCCCGUCCGCUUCCGCACGGCCUCAAGCGCCAUGGAAGUCGCUCUUCAACGAGCACAUAUCCAAGAUGCCCUCGCCAGAGUUCGUACUCGGCACAGUUGGAUCUGCUCCCAAAGGCUCUCCCACGCCGUUAGUCCCACGCGUGCGAUUCUGCAUCUUUCGUGGCUUCUGGACGGAACUGCCCGAGAACAAGCACAACGAUGCCGAGAGGAACCCCGCUGUGUACGAGAGCGAUCUGCCUACAUUUACAACAGAUGUGAGGAUGGAAAAAGUGGGUCAAAUCUUCGGAACCAGUCCUGGACAUGCAGAGAGCAGCGAGCAGACCCAGGGAAGUGGUGGGGGCGGCCCUGUAGAAGCUGUGUGGUGGAUCAAAGAGACAGGCACGCAAUGGCGAAUCAAGGGACGCGCCUACGUCGUGUCUCGGGACAUCGAGGGAGGGGAUGAAAGCAGUGGGGUUCGAACAGUGAAGAGUGAGGUUGGAAAGAGAAUGAGAUUGGUUGACGAAAGCAAAGAAAAAGAUUGGAGCUGGUCGCGCGAGCUGACCGCUAUCUUUGGCAACCAAUCGCCAACCAUCAAGGGAUCUUUCCGCAACCCACCCCCCGGGAAACCCACGACUGUCGCACAGGACAAUCAGGACCUCAAAUUAGACGCCAAAGUAGAUGACCUUCACGACCCCGUUGCCCGCCAAAACUUCCGCCUCGUCAUCAUUAUUCCGGAGUCGGUGGAGCAAACCGAUCUGAACGACCCCGCCAACGGUCGCCGUUUCUUGUACACUUAUGACGAAAACACAGAUGCUGGUUGGAAGACCGAGGAGCUGUGGCCUUGA